AUGAGUGGGAGAUAUGAUUGUGUGAGGGCUGGUGAGAAUGUAGCCAGGCCCAGUGUGAGGUCGCGACGCGUCUUUGGGUUAGCCGGCGUGUUGAAGACCCCGUACGUGGCCGGGUACGGCCCGACGUAUAGUGGGAGUUAUGAUUUUUUUGUGGUGAGGGCGGGUGAGAAUGUAGCAGGCACCAGGGUGAGGUCGCACCGUCUUUGGGUUAGCGGCGUGUGA